AUGAGCGGCUCGAAGGCGCGUCUCGAAGAUGCCACCAGCUUAAGCAUGACUAAUGAGGCAGCAGCAACUGUGGCAGCAACAAACGGAUUAAGACGUCAGCCCACAAAAUAUCCACAUGGCCUCAACAUAACAGUACAAACGUUGGCCAAUAAACAUGCCGAUGCUGAUGAUGUUGCUGCUGAUGCCGAUGCCGAUGUCGAUGCUAUGGCUGCUUUCGAUGAUUACUCGCGUGCCUCAACGUUGCGCAGUGACGUCACUGCGUGCUGGAGUGAAACACAAAAAUAUAAAAUCAACAUGAUGGGCAGUUCCGAAACAUUGGCCGAGCUACAGGUACGCCGCUAUAAGUAUCCACUGACAGCCAAUUAUUAUUUAAACGCUGCUGCCGGUGGUGCGGGCGGUGGCGGCGGCGGCGGCGUUGGAGGGCAGAAGCCAACGCCACGCUUGCUGCUCGCUUAUGUGAGGCACGCUUGUCGCUGGAAAUAUAUGCGCUGGCCCAUCAUAUUUCUGGCCAGCGUACUGCUCUUCUUCGGGCUCAUCACCUAUUGCCUCUGGCUGCACGAUGUGAGUGUGGCACGUGCGCGCUAUUUACAAAGGCGCUUUGAGGCAAGCAGCACCACGACCAGCAGACCAGCCACAACAACAACCACAUCAACAAUGGAGCACGAUGCGGAAAUGCAACGACUUCAACAGCAGCAACAACAACAGUCAAGCACUGAGCCAACGCUGGAGCUGAGCGUCGAGGAUGAGGACUAUGAUGAUGCCCUGCAGCCAGCGGAUAGCAUACGCUUCACGUCGGGGCACCAGAACAGCUUUGGGGUUCCCAUAGAGCAUGACACGCGCAUGCUGCAGCUGCUCAAAGAUUUACUCUCCAAGCAAACGACAACAACAUCACCAACAACAACAACAACGACACCCGCAAGCAAUGUGCGCCCCUUGACGCGCGUGUCACCCACGCUGCCUCCACCGUCUCCGGCUGGCGGGAAGCCGACAGCUUCCAUGACCACCACAAUGUCUAGCAGCGCGGCUGGUGGUGGCGGCAACAACGGCAACGGCAACAACGGCAACAGCGGUCUCUGCUACUCCACCACGUUGCCAAUGUGCCGUGGCGUGUUGGACUACGAUUUGACCUAUAAUGAGAGUGCGGCGCCACGGGACUCCUUGGCCAUGGCCGCCUACGAGCAGCUAAUUAAUGCCAACUGCUCAGCGCGCUCUGUAGAGUUUAUUUGCGCCGCUCUGGAGCCCGAAUGUCGACCCUCGCAUAUUGGCCAACUGCCGCCGUGUCGGCGCAUUUGUAAAGCCAUACUGGAGGCCUGUUCCAUUGUCAUUGCCGGCUCGGAUCCUCUCACUGAGCUCUUCGACUGCAAUUUGUAUCCGGAUGCGCAUGAGGUGAACAAAUGUGAGGAUCCGACACGACGACGUGACUACUGCUAUGAUAACGAGUUUGAAUGCGAGGAUGGCUCCUGCAUUCCACAGCAGUGGCAGUGUGAUAACAUCAAGGAUUGCACGGGUGGGGAGGAUGAGGUGCAGUGUCUGGUGUGCGAACAGCAGGACGAGUUCCGUUGCCGCUCCAAUGAGAAGUGUGUGCCGGAUUCAGUGCGUUGCGAUUUGAAUUUCGAUUGCUUCGAUGGCAGCGAUGAAGAGGAUUGUGACGACUAUGGCUCCGGCGAGACAGCGCCAUUUGAUGAGGCCGAGCUGAAUGCAUUUCCCCGAAUAUUUUCCUAUGCCAGUUUUUUGUCACCCAAUCAAACAGAUGAGAAGCUAUACACUUAUAUUACUGCGACCACAGAUGAGGAGGCAGGCACGGAGACCAAGUAUCAGGUGCAUCGAGUAGCGGCGCCGAACACCAAUAGCACUGUCGACGAGACCCCCGCCCCAGGUGCUCCCAAGGGUUUUGUGAAUUUUCGCGACAGCAAGGAGAUCAUGAUGACCAGCGAUUCGGAGAACAAAUUCAAAUACUCGGCCCAACGCGCCAAUCGUACUUCGAGCAAGUUCAGCAUCAGUUCGACGCCGCUGCGUACCGCUGCCUCUGCGCAGGCGCAGCAACGGGUUGUAGCAAGUACUGUGGCCACGCCCACACGCACUAGCACCAGCCAUAGAACUCUGAAGACCUGUGCGCCACACGAGCUGCGUUGUGUGAGUGGCAAGUGCAUUACGGUCAGUCAGCUGUGUGAUAAGCAAAUUGAUUGUCCCGAUGCUGCCGAUGAACUAAUGUGUGUCUAUAGGGAUCGUUUGAACGCUAGACGUGGCCUUAAUGCAACCACCACAAGUAGCAGCACCACAACCACGCCUGCAACCACAACUAGCACAACAACAACGACUACCACAAGACGCACAGUACGCACCACAAUUAAUCGAAGUCGAAAACCCAAAACCUAG